GGCAUUUUCCGUCUCAAAUGUUCUCUUUGCAACAUCUCUUUCAGAGCGUGCAGUGUCCUGAAUAUCCCAGCUGCACGCGUCAGAAUUGUAUAUUUUCGCAUCGUGCAGACCUCCCGUCGCCGCCACCGUUGACUGUAUCAAGCAAUGAAGGAAAGGCAGCAAGUACACGUCAGUUGCCGAGUACUGCAGGCCCGUCUGUAGUUCCCACCAAACGAGCCUCAGUCUCGAUACCUCCUCGAACGACCAGUAAUCCGAUAGGAGAGCCACCGCGAAAGCUGCAGGUAGUUGGUACUGGCACUGGCUCAGUACGAAAACCAAAUCCGAUACCUAUCGCGUCAACUUCCUCUUCUGUAGGCCCACCUGUCCUCAGAGUAUCUGCCGCUUCGUCUCGUGUGGCUGUUCCGGUGCGACAGACCAUGCUCCGAACACUAUAUGACCAUUUCACGGUGCUCUACGAGAAAAUAUUGCCCAAGAAUCCGGAUAUUGCUUCUGAACACGCGCUCCGACAAGAGGAUGAGGUGUACCAGAAGUCGACCAAAGCAUCGUAUCGUGUUGCCGUAAUACAUUGUGCAGCUUCAUUGAAGCGACGUCAGAUACCCGAUUCGAUAUUCCAUGCCUCCGUGGGUACUACGGAUGAUCUUGUAGUGCGUGCAGAGGCUCAAAAUUCCAUCAAGUCUCUUCGUCUUGUGCGUGCACACCUGGAGCCUCAUCUUUUGUCUUUGGAUACUAUGCGUACUUGGGGUUACAUUGUAGACAUACCCGAAGGCGAAGGGGGUUCUGAGCCCAGUCGAGAAGGACAGACCGUAGUCUGUGAACGAUGUCGAGAGCCGUUUCUAGUAACACCUCACCCGAAGGAUGAAUGUCUUCAUCAUUGGGGUAGACCGUAUUCCAAGAAAACCAGUGGUCAGCGUGAACGAUUUUACAGUUGCUGUUCGAAAUCUGUUACAGAGAACGAGGGUUGCAUUCGGGGACCACACGUGUUCUAUGAAUCAGAUCCCAAUGCUUUGCACGCCCGACAUUCGUUCUCAUUUCUCAACUCCACUCCUUCGGCUCAAGAGAUUGUCGCCCUCGAUUGUGAGAUGAUCUACACCACAGGAGGGAUGCGCGUUGCCCGUGUUUCUGUGGUUGAUGGCACGGGUGCCGAAGUGUUCGAUGAGUUGGUUCGGAUGGAUGAUGGUGUCUAUGUGCUGGACUUCAAUACCCGGUUUUCUGGUAUCACCGAAGAAGCAUACACCAAGGCGACUCGGUCCUUAUCUGAGAUUCGACAGGCUUUAGAUGCGAUUAUCAGCUCAAGUACUAUCCUCAUCGGCCACGGUCUCGAGAACGACUUGAGAACCCUGCGCAUGAUACAUCAUCAAUGCAUCGAUACUGCCAUCAUGUUUCCACAUCCAGCUGGUCAUCCCUAUCGAAAAGCAUUGAGAGACCUAGCCCGUGAGCAUCUCGGCAUCAGAAUUCAGGCCGGUGGGAGUGCAGUAGGGCAUUCUUCAAUAGAGGACUCUGUCGCCACCCUGGAUCUCGUACGCUGGUUCGUACUGGAGAAGCAGAAAGUGUCGAAGUCAAGUCUUUCCGCGAAUCCCCGUUAAUUCUGCGGAUUGGCCUCUCCUCUUUACCCUUUAGUGACAUUACUGGACUGCUACCAACAGGCAGAAUACUAAUACCUCUAGCAUAUCACCUGUGUAGGACUCCAAUUGUAUCUGUAAUAUGUAGCAUAUCCUCAUCGCUUCGUCGAUGACUUUUUAGUCGCCUUUCUUCUCCGUCCGCCGGCUUUGCUAACGGGGACAUAUUUC